AUGGUUCGAGUGAUCGACUGGUCCGAAGACACUGUCAAGCUCGCAGCUGUUCUCGCCGAGCAUGGCGUAGACCUCGAUGUCUCGUCCGGAGGGAACAGUCCUGAUCAGCAGAUCCAGAGUGUCCCCGGAUACCAAGUGCCGUUCGCAGCAGCAGUAAAGAAGGUACACGGUGAUAAGAUUCUCGUGUCGACCGUUAGUGCGAUAUACAAGGGUAAGCUCGCCCAGAGUAUCCUCGACGAGGGAAGGGCCGACGUUAUCUUCGUAGGGCGCAUGUUCCAGAAGAACCCCGGACUGGUCUGGUCGUUGGCGGAUGAUCUCGGGGUUGAUAUCCGGCAGCCGGGUCAGAUUGAGUUGGGGUUCAAAGGACGCCCCCAGCCCGUCCACAAGAAUCAUUAG